UGUUUCAUGUUGAGAUAUAAUGUUGUGCUAGCUAGCUUGGGUUAGCAGGCUCGGUAACUUUGCUGGUACAGUUGUCCUGCCCGCUGGGUUGGGUUGGUGAGGUUGCAGCUGAUUAUGUAGCCAGAAAGUAGCCGAGUAUUUCUCAUUAAUUAAAAUUAUAUAUUUGUAUAUUCUUUGUGUUUGCACACGUAUAAAAUUAAAAUAACUUUGAGUGUUAUUUGGUGCACAGAUUCUGGGUUAACUUAAUGCACCGUAAAUGGAAAGUAACCGCUUUUAGCUGAACAGGGACAUGUUUUGACGGAAUCUCAACCGACUUCUGCGCGAAUUUAUUUUUCUUUCUUUAUAUUUGGAGUCAUCAGACCCAGUUUCUGUGAAUUGUUUCAAGUUUACGGAGCUGUAAAGCGUUUUUCAGAGUGCUGAGACAGGACAACAAGCAUGGAUGUGGUGUCGCCAGAGCUCAACAGCCUCCUUCCUGAUGAAAUCAUGGAUACCGAGGCCAUAGAGGACGUCCCACACUCCGAGUCUGAUGGCACUGCAGUCCAGUCCCAGGCAAGCCAGGACACAUCUGUUCCCAUGGAGACAGAUGCACCCAUGCAAUCAGAAAAUUUGAGCAUCUGCUCCAAAGUCCCUUCAAUAGAGCACACCCAGACUCUGACUUCCUCCAAAGCUGCAGACUCCAUGCUCACCAUCAGUUCUGGAAAUGAGCCGUCUGUCUCAGUUUCCACUUCUUCGACCCUCCUUUCCCUUAAAUCAACUUUGUCUACUUCCACGGCCACAACCAAAACGACAGACAGCGUCACAGGGACUACUGUUUCCACAGGCGGCUUACAGAAGCAUGCAACUCAGUUUGCAUUCUCUGCAGCCAACCACCAGAUCAUUCUUAAUAAGGUGGCCUCAUCUCAAGCCACAGAGGCUGUGAAAUCUGCAGGGACGCCACCCCAAAUCAUUAAACAGGAAGGACAAAAACUUUUGGUGACAGCAAUAGGAAAGUCGGGGCAACCUAUAUUCUUUCAGUUGCCCCACACAGGCAGCAAACCUGGAGUAUCACAGACUGCAGGGAACACCAAGUCACCAACGCCACAAUUUAAAGUGGUAACUAUUGGUGAAAGGACGGAGCUGAAACCAGUGAUGGCGAGUUCUGGAAACCAAGUGACCACGUUACAGGCCCAGAAGCUGAAGACUGUACAGAUUCCCAAGAAAACGCCAGCAUCAUCAGCUGCUCCCAUCAAAUUUAUCAUCACAAAAACUGUCAACAGCAAAGGUCUAAGUCCUCAGAUGCCUGUCUCUCCUGUCAUCCAGGGACGCGUCCUGACCCAGAGCUCCCCUGUGAUGACGCCCAAAACCAUCACUUUGUCUGAGCCACACAACACUAACAUGCAAAGCAUCUCUGGCAAAAAGAUCGCUAUCUCACCUCUCAAGACUCCCAGCAAGGUGACCGUGGUUUCUGUGGCCUCACCGCCCUCCAGUGCCUCUCAGAAGUCUGUAGCUCUGCCCGUCGGUGUAGCACUUGGCCAACAAAUCCUUGCAGUCCAGCAGUCCACACCUGGAUCUCCUAUCAAGGUGGCCACCAGCCAGACCACGGCACAGAAUAUUAAAUCUGUGCCAGUGGGAGGAGUUGGAGGCUCCCAGUACAAGACCAUCAUCCCUCUGUCCACCCAGCCGAAUGUGCAACAGAUUCAGGUGCCGGGAAACCGGUUUCACUAUGUUCGCCUCGUCACGGCCACGACGGCGAGCAGCACGGGACAGCUCAGCGGUCCCAACACCAGCUCGGUUCAGACAGGUAAACCUGUGAUGGUUGGUACUGGAGCAGUCAGGAUGUCGGUCCCAGUUGUCUCGGCUCAGGCCAUAAAACAGGUAGUGCCGAAGCCUUUGCCAUCAGCAGCACAAGUAGUCACCACCGCUCAGACCCAACAGCGCCUCAUCAUGCCUGCAACGCCACUGCCCCAGAUCCAGCCCGGCUUCACCAGCCUGCCCCCGGGCACCGUCCUGGCGCCGGCCCCCGGAGGCAGCAGUGUGGGGUACACCGUUGUUCCAGCACAGUACGUCACACAGCUCCAGCAGCCGUUCGCGACUCUCGCCAGCAGCUCGAGUUUUCCCGCAUCCGGUGCCAUUCAGACCCAGGCCAAACUGCCCCUUAACGGUGUGUCUGCAGCAGAAACGACCUCAAGACCAAGAAAACCUUGCAACUGCACCAAGUCACAGUGUCUCAAACUGUACUGUGACUGCUUUGCUAAUGGAGAGUUCUGCAAUAACUGCAACUGCAAUAACUGCUUCAAUAACCUGGAACAUGAGACGGAGCGGCUCAAAGCCAUCAAGACGUGUUUGGACAGAAAUCCAGAGGCCUUCAAACCUAAGAUUGGAAAAGGCAAAGAGGGCGAGUCGGACCGCCGGCACAGCAAAGGCUGCAACUGCAAGCGAUCGGGCUGCCUGAAGAACUACUGCGAGUGCUACGAGGCAAAGAUCAUGUGCUCGUCCAUUUGUAAAUGCAUCGGCUGUAAAAACUUUGAGGAGAGCCCGGAGAGGAAGACGUUGAUGCAUUUGGCCGAUGCCGCUGAAGUGAGGGUUCAGCAGCAGACUGCAGCCAAAACCAAACUGUCAUCGCAGAUCUCCGACCUGCUCAUGCGGACCAUGCCCGUUGUCUCCAGUGGAGGCGGGAGGCUGCCGUUCACGUUCGUCACAAAGGAGGUGCUUGAAGCGACGUGUGAGUGUUUGCUGGAACAGGCCAAAAAGGCCGAACAGAGCCGCCAGCCUCAAGCCGAGGCAGAGAGGAUGAUCCUGGAGGAGUUUGGACACUGCCUCAUGAGUAUUAUCAGCUCUGCAGGGAAAGCUAAAGCAGACUGUGCUUCUAUCAACUGCUAGUUCUCACUACCACCCCAGGUUCAGGGACGGACAGUAGUUCCCUUUGCACUCGGUCUUGGGAAACCCCCACUCUCAGUUCUGCAGGGGGGGGCGACAAGUUGUGCUCUUCAUCAAAAAUGGGAAAAUGAAGGCAGAGAAGUUCUGCUUGGAUGUGCUCAGAAGUUUAAACUCUGAACUUUUGUUUUCAGAUCUGCUCUGAGUUUUUUACCAGUUUCUCUACUUUUGUGUUUCACACAAAAAACGACUGCAGAACAUAAAGUUCAGCCGUUCCUUUUCCUUUAAGGCCCUGUCAGAUCCGUUUGUUUCAGGCUUUUCCUUCUUCUGUUGAAUCCUCUGUGUUUUUCUAUUCUUUGUCAUAAGGACGUUUUCCACAAGUCCUUGUAAUUUAUUUGUAAUCAAAAUAUCUGUGCUGGUAGAUGAACAGAGCGUGAAUCUUUUGAUAUUUAUUUUGACAAUUAUUUGUAAUUGAUGUGCUCUAAUGUUGUGAAGCUUUUAGCUCGGCUAUUUAAUUAUUAACUGCGGCUAGGCUACACUAUUUUAACGAAAGUGAAUAGAGGUGACAUUUGCUUUUAUACUAAAACAAGUGUAAGACACACAAACACAGACGGCACUCCUCAGAAAAGAUGACCAGACUGGACUUUCUCCUGGUGCUGUUUUAUGCUACUUUAGUUAUGUUCUUACUGUACAUUAAAAUCAGCAUGAAUUUACCCGUUUCUCUUGAUUUUGUCUUGUGAGAACAUUCAGGGAACAAAAAUAUAUUAACAUUCAUUUUCCAUCAUUUUAAAUUUAAAAAAAAACCUUGAAAUUAUGGUAAAUAAAGCAGCAACUGGGUGGGAUUUUAGGUGAUAAUGCGCCACAAUUAUGACAUCUUCACAAUGAAGGUCCGCUUAAGGGAAUUGUGGCAGCCAAUUCAAAUGAUUUUGUUAAAAUAUGUACUUUUUAUUGGCUCUCCUAUCUAACUGAAAUUUUAAUCUUAGGGAUGGAAAUUCAAGAAUGUUUUAAAACCAUCUAAACUGAGCUGCUGCAUCAUUUUAUUGCUUGGUAAUUAGCCAAGUAUGAACAGGGAUAUUUGAUUUUCAUUUAAUUUUCAUUUAGCCAGAAAAAAAUGUCCACUGAGAUUUAAAGUCUCACAAACUUAAAAAUAUAUUAAAUAAAACAAAAUAUGUACAUUAAAACAGCAAGUUACCCCCUACUGGAGUCUUACUCCACUCCCACUUCCUGUUUGAAAAAUGCGGUUGCCUGGCAGACUGAAAGGGCGGAACCGCUAACAAAUACACACACAGGCUCACAACGACAUCAUAAAGUACUAGCUGACAUCAUACUGUACUUCUUAGCCAAUUUAAAUUUGAAUGCAGUGCAGAGUUUACUUGACGACGGCACAACACUGACAGUUUUAGGCAGAAUAUUUAAAUUUUAAUUAAGAUGCUCUAAAGAGCCAAAUUAUUGACUGCAUGUGUUUACAGCACACGUAGGCACUCGUUUGUAUAGUUUAUCAGCAAAAACAAGUUGAUUUGGGGGUGACUUGCUCUUUAAAUUGUAGCUCACCUGAAUCCGUUUUUUCAAACCUUUGGUCUUCCUCCUCAUAUCUGCACAGUAACUUUACUUCUAGGCUAGAUAUAUUUUGUAGAAUAAAAAAAGUCCCAGAAGUUAGUGCACUGAAUGUGGAAGCCCUGAGAGGCAAUAAAAAAUAUUUUGAGAUUCAAUAAUUUACAUAAAUAUUUGAACAAAAAUAAUGAGAUUAUAGAAAACUUGUUUCUAAACAUGUUUGAAACUGUUAUACUGAAAAUCAUAACUUUUAUUUCCUCAUGUUUUUUUAGCUUGAUUAAGUAUCGUUUUACUCCAUGUUUUGCAUCUCUAAAGUGAUUGUUUUUAUUUAUUUAAAAAAACCUUUUCUUGCAGUGUAGGGAAGGGUCUUGUUAUCGUAAUUAAUAAAUACAUUUUAAGUCGCCAUAAACAAGAACAAGACUCAUCAGAACAUUCCUCAUCAGUCAUCUGACUGGUGCAACUUUAAUGCCAUAUCUAAUCAGAUGUCAGAUGUAAUUAACCCGGUGGUUGUAAGGAUUAGUUUGUAUCAUCAGAUAAGCAAACAGUUUUCUAAAAGAAAAUUAUAAAGUAUUACUAGUCUACUCUUUUAUUUAAAGUUCAGUCACUUUCUGUUCAUUUCUUAUGCUGACGUUAGAUUUGAAUUUGCUGGUGAUUUUUGUGUUCGUUCUGGUAUUUUCAGAGGUUUGACCACGUCGUGACUGUACAGGAAACCGCAUAAAACGUUAACCCUCUUCUUGGAUGUGGAAAUUUGUGGACUACAUUACUUUGCAUGAAAUACGCAUGCCCAUUCUCGACCAAUCGGAUAAUUUGAUUUAAGCGCCAAUGACCGCUAGGUGGCAGGCAAAGGCAGACACCGCACCGCAGUAGAAGAAAAGCUAGAGGAGCCUCUCCUUUUGGGAGCCUCUGAAAAACAUGUAAAGGUUCCCAAGCGUGGUUUUAUUAACAGAUGGAAGCUGGGGCUUACCUUCGUAGCUGGUGAAACUGGUUGGUCGACAGACAUCGGGUGAUAAUACAAUGACACAAGGGACAACGCUGGAUCAAUUUGUUUUUCAUUUUAUUUUAAUAUUCAGUUAAAUAAAUUGUAAAGCAGCA